GGCGAUUAGGGGUCGAAGCGCCGCGGCACGGACGUCGAGCGCCCGCCGAGGGGUCGGGGGUCCUUCGUCGAGGAGCGUUCGCGUCUAAGGGAGGGUUUUAUUUCUUGGGUGUUUCGAAAUUUGCGGCGCGAGUUAGACCGAUCGUAGCCAAAAUGGGUACUCCGUCGGACAGCCCCGUCGAGGAGGUGAUGUACGAAAUCGAGCCGUCCAGGGUGCCCAAGCCGGUUCCCGUCGCCCUAGAAGACUUGUGCCGACUCACCAAGUUCACCAGACAGGAAAUUCGGAACAUAUACAGGGGAUUUAAAACGGAAUGUCCCGAGGGAGUCGUCCACGAAGAUAGCUUUAAGGAUAUUUAUUCCAAAUUUUUUCCGCAUGGAAAUUCUAGUUUAUAUGCACACUACGUGUUCAAGGCCUUUGAUGUCAACUGCAACGGGGCUAUUAGUUUCAGGGAUUUAUUAAUAACUUUAUCGACCUUACUGCGGGGGUCCGUUUACGAGAGGUUAAGGUGGACGUUCAAAUUAUACGACGUCAACGGGGAUGGGUGUAUCAGCCGGGGAGAACUUUCCGAAAUAGUCGUGGCGGUUCACGAGCUGAUGGGCAGGAGAACUCACCAGGUCGAGGACGACAGGAAAGCUAGAGAACAAAUAGACCGAGUCUUCCGAAAGCUGGACCUCAAUCAAGACGGCGUGAUCACCAUAGAGGAGUUCAUGGAGUCGUGCUUGAAGGACGACGUCAUCACUAGGUCUUUACAGAUGUUCGAUACGGUACUGUGAUAAAUGUGAUGGGUGACUUCCCGGGGGAAGUCGGACGAACGCGAAAAUAAAAACGGAUUUCUUUCGAUCGACGGCUACUUAUGUGUUUUACUAGGAACAUACGAAACUUUUAAGGACAUUUUUUUUGUUAAUUUGUCGGGAUUCCCCGAACGGUCUGUCUCUAAUGUGCAUGUGUAAAUUAGAGUGAGGAAAUCUGUCUGUUUGAUUACUGUGGAAAAAU